GUGUAGUUUCGGCUAGUAAGAUGCUGUCGCCAUACAUCAGCGACAGGCGCCUGUGAAAGAGCAUCAGGAUAGAAAAGCAAAGGAACCGGUGCAAGAGACAACGGGAAGCCUUUUUUAAAAAAUAAAUUGUUGCAUUGCGACCUUUUUGGAUUUAAAACACAGUAGCAGUGGAGCCUCAGUCCCUGAGCAGACACUUUAGUAGCAACAGUUCUGGGAAGAGGAACCAGGAACCCCGGGCAAUAUUGGUGUUGGGCUGUGAAGGUGCGAGUGACCUGAAAGCUUCCGUGACAACGUCCAGAUAUGUGCUGUGAUUGGAAGGCUGACGUUGGGAAGGGGCGGCUCGACUCAUUGAUAGCUAGCUAAACAGCUAGCCUCCUGGUGCUUCAGCCUCCUGGUGCUUCAGCCGAAUGAGCCUCAGGUCGCGCUGCAGAGUCCUCUCUAACAACAAGCCAGAUGUAAGUGGGGAUGACGGUGAGCAGAUAACCUCUACUUUUUGACAUUUCUUCAGCCCAAGUGGACCCACCUUCCCUUUUUCUGAAAGCCGAGUCCUUUUACCUCUCAUUCAAUGAGCUCUUCAGGAUGUCAUGGAUUGCAGGAACUCCAGAAAAACAUCAUGCAAGUUUGUUUUAACUUGACCUUCUGUCCUCCUGAUACACUCCUGACAAAUAAUAAAAAAGAAUUAAAUGAAAAACCAUGUGAGCAGAAAUAUUAUCCCUGUUUGUGUAGUAUUGUAACUUUGAGUUGUUGAACUUCUCUUCUGUUGUCAUCAGAAAUUCCCUACCAACAUCAUCCAUUUUGUCUGGUUUGUAGGCCAUGGUUCGCAAGAAAAGUUCUUUCAUAUUAUGUGGUGCUUUCCUGUUUGUUGCCUGGAAUGCUUUGCUUCUGCUUUAUCUUUGGGGUCGACCUCCUAUUGGCCAUCUUGGAGAUGAUGGAGGAGUCGAACCAGGGGGAAAGAAGGAAUGGGGUGCUGGAAGGGGUAAAAUGGGUCAAAUCAACCUUGCAGAAGAGAUGAUUCGGCUGGCAGAAGAAGUUGAAGUUCAUCUUGAUACCCAGAAAAAGCUACUAAAGCAGAUUGAAAUUCACAGAGAAGUGUGGGCUCGGCAGAAGGAUCUUGGGAAAAGGGAAACUGGUUCUAAUGUCAAAGAAGCAGGAGACCAACUGCAGCCUCAGAAAACUCUAAGACCUCUCAGAAACAGUUUGGAUGCUGGGGACCAAACUAAUACUCAGAGACCUGUUCAUAAGGUAGCACCAAGCUUACCUUUAGAAGAACCUAGUGAAAAAAUCAGAAACAUUAAAGUGACAACUCCCAUUCCCAGCCCAGAAUUCAUUAUUCCCAUCCUGGUUAUUGCUUGUGACAGAGUCACAGUGAAGCGGAGCCUUGACCGACUCAUAUCUUACCGUCCUUCCGCAGAACUAUAUCCAAUCAUUGUUAGUCAAGACUGUGGCCAUGCAGACACAGGUCGUGUGAUUGGUUCAUAUGGAGAUCAAGUGACGCAUAUAAAACAGCCAGACCUUGCUGACAUCAAGGUCAGGCCAGAGCACAGGAAGUUCCAGGGCUACUACAAAAUCGCCAGACAUUAUCGAUGGGCACUUAACCAAGUGUUCAACACCUUUUCCCAGCCCACAGUGGUCAUAGUGGAGGAUGACUUAGAGGUGGCACCAGACUUUUUUGAAUAUUUCCGGGCCCUGUAUCCCAUUUUACGCUCUGAUCCCACCCUAUGGUGUGUUUCGGCUUGGAAUGAUAAUGGCAGGGAUGCUUUGGUUGAUCCUUCCAAAGCCGAGCUCCUUUACAGAACAGACUUCUUUCCUGGUCUGGGCUGGAUGCUGCUGAAGGAGUUGUGGGAUGAACUAGAACCAAAAUGGCCUUCAGCCUUCUGGGAUGACUGGAUGCGUCAACCUGAACAGCGCAAAAACCGCUCCUGUAUAAGACCGGAAAUCUCCAGAACUAUUACCUUUGGCAGGAAAGGGGUCAGUUUAGGUCAAUUCUUUGACCAAUACCUGCGCUAUAUUAGGCUCAACACUGAGUUUGUGCCUUUCACCAAACAGGAUCUGUCUUUUUUGCUAAAACAGAAGUAUGAUGAAAUCUUUGUUCAAGAGGUUUAUAGUGCCACCUUGGUGAAGAUUGAAGAUCUUCAGCACGGGGGUAAUUUAAAAGGACCUGGACCGUACAGGGUGCAGUACUCCAGCAGAGAUAGUUUUAAAGUCUUUGCUCGAAAUUUGGGGGUGAUGGAUGACUUAAAAUCUGGAGUUCCUCGCACAGGUUACAGAGGGAUAGUCAGCUUCUUACACCGUGGCCGAAGGGUCUUCUUGGCCCCACCAGAGGGCUGGACACAGUAUGACAUCAGCUGGAGCUGAGAGUCGCCCAAAGUGUACAGUGAAUUUUAUUAAAGACUAAUGCUCUCUGAGACCAAAGAAUAUUUGACACAUUGAGGGCAACACAAGUGGGACUGCUCAUCAAUGAAAUAAGAUAGUGGUGAUCCUUUUCAACAAAGGAUUACCUAAAGGUGUCCCCUAAAGGAAAGCCUUUAGGGGAAAAAACUAAACUGGUUUAAAAACACUUACUGGCAAUGUGCCUUGUUUUUUGGACCCUGGUUGUUCUUGGGUUCAGUUCUAAAUGAGAACUUCAGCAGGACUUACCAAUAUUAUUUGCAGUAGUUGCAGGUAGAAGGAAGAACUCAGUGCAAAUAAUUCUUAAUGUGGGAAGAGACACGAGAGAAACUCAAAUGUCAGCAUUUGGAAAACGAAAAUAUCUGAAAUGACUUCUAUUUUCUUCAUUUUUGCUCUUGAAAGAAUGAUCCAAUUCAGACUCUGUUACUUUGGGAGUCCUUGACACUAACUCUAAUUGUAUUUUUAUUUUUUUUAAUUUAAAAUCAAAUGGAAUAACUGCAAGGUUUUAGGUUAUAAAAAAAUAAAUCAAUGUUGAGCAAGGCUAUUUUUCCUUUUGAAGUCCACUAGUUUACACUACUUAUACCCAGACAUAAAGAAAUGUGCUGAAGAAGUAGUAACACUAGCAGCAGUAAAUUGGGACUAAAAAUACUCAACAGGCCUACAUUGCACUCUUCUGGAAUUCUGCAGAUAAAGGAAGAAGUACUUUGAAAUGUGACUAUUGAUGAAUAUGUCUGACCAAAAUUGUGUUAAUUUUCCCAGACUCCAGUAUGAAAACAACACUGUAAUAUAAAGUAUCUGAUCCUAUUUCAGGCCUACAUGUUCACAUGUUGAGUUAGUGAGUAGUUCCAAAUCUGAAGACCUAUUUUUCAAGUGGACAUUGUCUCAGCCUGUUUCUACAGGAGACUGCUAAUAACCCCUUCAUUCAAAUCAGGUAUGUUGAAGCAGGAAAAAAUCUGAAAGUUCCAGGACCAGGAGUCUUGCCAGCAGCCCCUGAGAAUCAGCCCUGAUUCUUAGCACAAACUCCCAAACAUUUAUCAAAUGUUUUCCUGCUUCAACAAGCAUGAUUUUAGUUGGUGAUGGAUUAGUUGGAGACUUCUUUAAGAUUUGAUGACAAGCUUGUUUUAAUAUGUUUGUGUUGGAGCUGGGGAACUUCAAAAACACCAAGGACACUAAUGCGGUUACCUAAGCAGUAGUGUUGAGAACUACUGGAAUGGAUACUUAUGCCAUAAAAAUUACAAGGAUUUCAUUUUUUUUAAAAAUGUAUUUUACUCGACCAGCAGCAACUAAAAGGAUGUUCUUGAUGCGGUGAUAAUCUAUUUCAAAUCAUUGAAAUGGAUAAUUAGGAAUUAUUUGUUGAAAUGAAAUACCAUAUUAGAUCAGGAGUGUGUCACUGGAUGAAUAAAUAAAAUGAGGUGCUGGAAAUAGGUUUUAAAGAGGAUGUCUUGAAUUAAUUAUUUAAAACUGCACGAGACUCGACCGAGCUGGAUCAGAUCAUCCUGUUCAUGUACAUCCUGAAAUGAGAUGAAUUUUUACAAUGACAUCUAAACUCUGGUUUUUGGUGUUUUAGGUUCCAUGUAAAUCCAACAAAUGUUUGUCUUGCAGCAAACUGGAGAUUAUUAUCACUGUACUGUAAUUAACUUUGGGUUAUUAGAAUACCAUUUCUGUACGGUGAUGUGAAAAACCACUGCCGGAACUGUUUAUAACUUUAUUACAGAAUAAAUUAAAUCAAAUAUUUUUAUAUUUGUGUACUUACUGAAGACGUCUCAUCUAAUUAAUAUUACUGAACUUAAUGUUGUGUUCUUAUAUUCAUUUGUUGUCACAGUGAAAAAAACAAAAGAUCAGACUGAUAUAUUCCACAUAAAUACAGAUGACCAAAAGCUUAUUUUCUUGCAGUCAGAGCAAAAGUAACAGGAUGGACUUCAUCUGAUACAAAAAGCAUUUGAUCUGUAAAUAGAUAGAUAGAUAGGUAGAAAGAUAACGUGCUCAUAAGUUUACACACCCUGCCAAAAUGUAUAAUAACUUGAAUUUUGUCUGUUCAGCUGGAGGACGUUAUGGCACAUCCACGCAUUUAUCUGUUCUAAGCAUCUGUUCAGUGUUUGAUUAUUUUCUGUCACCUAGUGACAUAAUGUAGAGCUGUGAAUGACCUGCAUAGUUAUGGUAGCUAAUCUUAUUUCCUGUUAUAACUUGAUGAGUGAGAGCAUAUAGAUAUUAAAUAAUAAGUGUCCUAGGAUUGAGCUUUGUGGUACCCAAACAAAAGUCACCACAAGAUGACAUUUAUCAGGUGAUUUCUGUCUGCUUUGAUGAAACAAAGCAGACUUUGAAACAAAGAAAUCUCAGUUCUUUAUGUAAGACUCAAACCAGUUGAGUACUGGGCUGGAGCGUCCCACCCAACUCUCCAGUCAUUUCAGAAAUAUGUCGUGUCAAAAUCUGCACUCAGGUCCAACAGAACAUUAUAUUAAAUAAUGAUAAUGGAGGAAGUGGCUUGAGGUCAAAGACAGAAAUUCAGAUGAUUGAAUUUCUUUCAAUCAUUUUCUUCAAUCAUUAUUCAUCCAUUGAUAAUAAAUGGAUAGAGCCAUAAACUCUGUUUACUGUAUUUAUUCUUUUUAAAUCAUAAUAAUAACAGAAACUACACAAGUGACCCUGGUCAAAAGUUUACAUACCCCAGUUCUUCAUAACGUGUAUUGCUCCCUAUAACAUCAAUGUCAGUUUCCUGUGGUUGUUGUGGGUCAGGUUGUUUAUUUCCUCUUAAUGGUAAAACUGAUCCUUCCUUUUGACAAAUAGCUUCCAGUUUCUGUAAACUCCUGUGUUGCAUGAACUACAGUUCAGUUUUAUGGAUGCAGUGCUAAUUCACAACAAAUGUCAUCUAAUGCACUUUACAAAAGAAAAAUAAAAAAAUUCAAUUCAA